AUGUCUGGCCGCCCGCGCAAUGCUCGAGGCUUAACGGGUCGUGAUGGAGGCAAAGAAAGUGACCUUGAGGCAGAUCUGCUCGGUCGCGUUCUGGAUGCCAUCCGCAAGGCCAAGGAGUAUCGAGAUGAGACGGAGCGAACCGGCCGGGCGAUCAUGGAGCUUGAGGAGGAGAUCAAGGGUGGAAACAGAACGCCAGAACAGCUUAGGAAACUCGACUUACUAUAUCGUGAACAUAUGCGCAACUCGGAAGCGGAGAAGAAGAUACACGACGACGAGGACAUUGUUAGCAACAUUGCCAUCUUGUCAGCCAUGAAGGCAUCGGAUGAACCUGCUCCACGAAAUGGGACUGGCAAGUCGCGUAAGAAUCAGAAAGCCAUUCUCGAGUCUGAUCUAGUUGUCGACUCCCCCGCGCCCACGCCGACCGAGGCUCGAGGUGAUGUGUUGAAGCGAGUUAAGGGCGCUUCGCAAAGGAGUUCCAGCGUUGCCAGUCAGAACCGAGCUUCGAUCGCGAAGGAAGAGGCACCCGAGAUCAAGUCCCCUGGACUGCUCCAAGUAGGCACGGAAGUGUUCUACAAGCUUCAGGCUAGCGACGUGGACGAGGGAGUUGGGCAGCACCAGAUCAUUAAGCGAGUCUGGCAGGACAAGAAGAUCACUCUAUAUGAUCUGAAAGACCCAGAGAAGGGCGAGACCUCACGCAAGGGUAUUCCAGCCAGGCACCUCGCCGUCAUCCCCCUGCCGACGCAAGUCACGGCGCCUAUCUUUUCGGUGGGCUCGCGCAUCUACGCCCGCUACCCGGACACGGACACUUUCUAUGAGGCUGAGGUUCGGAAUUUCUCCAAGGGCCAAUAUGCGCUGCUGUUUGAAGGCGAGGAAGAAACACACAAGGAGCAUCUAGUAGAACGCCGCUACGUUUUUGAUCCAACACGCUGGAAAUGA